GCGGCGGGUGAACCGGAAGAGAAGCGGCGGGAAGCGAAGCCCCGCCCACGCCCUCCGGUGACCCCAGCGCGCCCCGUGCCCUCACCCAAGAUGGCGGCGGCGGCGUCGGCGGCCUGCCGCCCUUCUCCACCAUGGCGGCGAGCGGACCCGCCUCCCGGGGCGCCGGGGUCAUGUGACCCACACAAUGGCUGAACGCCUCCUCCAGGCUUCCCGGCGACGCCGAAGGAAAGCCAUGACGGCCGCUGCGGGGCCCGCGGGCCGCGUCGCGGUGCCCCUGCUGCUGUGCGCGCUGCUGGCGCCCGGCGGCGCGUACGUGCUGGACGACUCGGACGGGCUGGGCCGGGAGUUCGACGGCAUCGGCGCCGUCAGCGGCGGCGGGGCGACUUCUCGACUUCUAGUAAAUUAUCCAGAGCCCUAUCGUUCUCAAAUAUUGGAUUAUCUCUUUAAGCCAAACUUCGGUGCCUCUUUGCAUAUUCUAAAAGUCGAAAUAGGUGGCGAUGGACAGACAACAGAUGGCACUGAGCCCUCCCACAUGCACUAUGCCUUAGAUGAAAAUUAUUUCCGAGGAUAUGAGUGGUGGCUGAUGAAGGAAGCUAAGAAGCGGAACCCCAAUAUCAUCCUCAUGGGGCUGCCGUGGUCCUUCCCGGGAUGGCUGGGGAAAGGUUUCAACUGGCCAUAUGUCAAUCUGCAGCUGACUGCCUACUACAUCACGACCUGGAUCGUGGGAGCCAAGCAGCAUCAUGACUUGGACAUUGACUACAUCGGGAUUUGGAAUGAGAGGUCAUUUGACAUCAACUAUAUCAAGGUGUUGAGAAAAAUGCUGAAUGAUCAAGGUCUCCAUCAGGUGAAAAUCAUAGCGAGCGAUAACCUUUGGGAGCCCAUUUCUACUUCGAUCCUGUUCGACCCUGAGCUCUUCAAGGUGGUUGAUGUUAUAGGAGCUCAUUACCCUGGGACCCGCACAGUAAAGGAUGCCGUGUUGACAGAGAAGAAGCUCUGGUCUUCGGAGGACUUCAGCACUGUCAACAGUGACCUUGGUGCAGGUUGCUGGGGUCGCAUCCUGAACCAGAAUUAUAUCAAUGGCUUCAUGACUUCCUCCAUCGCUUGGAACUUGGUGGCUAGUUACUACCCGCAGCUGCCCUAUGGACGGUGUGGGCUGAUGACUGCUCAGGAACCAUGGAGUGGCCAUUACCAAGUGGACUCUCCCAUCUGGGUGUCAGCUCACACCACUCAGUUCACUCAGCCGGGCUGGUAUUACCUGAAGACAGUGGGCCACUUGGAGAAAGGAGGGAGCUAUGUUGCCCUGACCGACGGCUUAGGUAACCUCACCAUCAUCAUUGAAACCAUGAGCCACAAACACUCAAUGUGCAUCCGGCCGUUUCUCCCUUACUUCAACGUGUCCCACCAGCUCGCCCACUUCACUCUGAAAGGUUCUUUUAGUGAAAUACCAGAGCUACAGGUGUGGUAUACCAAACUUGGAACACCAUCUGAGAAAUAUCUUUUCCAACAACUGGAUUCCAUAUGGCUCCUCGAUUCAGGCAGCAACUUCACUCUGGAGCUGGAAGAGGAUGAGCUGUUCACCCUUACCACCCUCACCUCUGGCAGGAAAGGCAGCUACCCGCCUCCUCCGCCAUCGAAGCCCUUCCCACACAGCUACAAGGAAGACUUCAACGUCGAUUACCCGUUUUUCAGUGAAGCUCCGAAUUUUGCCGACCAGACAGGCGUAUUUGAAUACUUCAUGAAUAUCGAAGACCCAGGAGAGCACCGCUUCACCCUGCGCCAGGUUCUCAAUCAGCGGCCCAUCACCUGGGCUGCAGACGCAUCCAGCACUAUCAGUAUUAUCGGCGACUACACGUGGUCCAAUUUAACUAUCAAGUGUGAUGUUUACAUAGAGACCCCAGAGAGAGGAGGUGUGUUCAUCGCAGGAAGAGUCAAUAAAGGUGGCAUUUUGAUUAGAAGUGCCAGGGGAAUUUUCUUCUGGAUUUUUUCAAAUGGAACCUACAGAGUCACGGGUGAUCUGGCCGGGUGGCUCGUUUACGCUAUGGGACAUGCUGAUGUCACAGCCAAGGAGUGGUACACACUCACGCUAACUAUUAAGGGUCACCUCUCCUCUGGGAUGCUGAACGGCAGACCUCUCUGGAGAAAAGUCCACACAAGUUUCCCAAAGAAUGGCUGGGCAGCCAUUGGGACUCACUCCUUUGCCUUCGCACAGUUUGACAACUUUCAUGUGGAAGCCUCACACUGACGCCCACACGGCGCCAUAGAACUCUCAGACCUUUCAACCUGUGGGUUUUGGUUCUGAACCAGUUCUUGUCUGGAUGGACCAGCACACAAGCCUUUUGAAGAUGACAUCAAAGAAGAAUUUGGAGAGUAUUUCUUUUUUUUUUUUUCAUUGAUCUCCACAAGAUUUUCUUUCUUUUUUCUUUUUUUUUUUUUUUUUAAAGAACUAAUUCCAAGGAUAAACAGCUGAAUCUUGAGCGUUACCUGAAAUACCUUCUAAAACAACACAGCUGUACUUUGGUCCUGUCCUUAGAGUGGUUUGGCUGUUUCAGAUUUCCAAGCCUUACUGUUAGUGUGGAAGUAGCUCUCUCCACCUUAUCUGCAAAUGAUGCCAUAGAGUACACUAACCUGAUCAUCACUGAGAUGUGUUUGUUACACCGACCAAGCUUCUAGCAUGAGCUGCUAUCCUCAUUUGCAACAAUGCUGCCAAUUUCAGGGAACACUGGAACACUGGAAAUUUGCUGCUUUUUUGAAAAGCCUUGUCAACAGAUCAUACUUAUUAUUCUUUAAAAAAAAAAGUAUUUUUUCUUUCUCUCAUUUUUUAAGAUGGCACUUAUAAAUUAUAGGUCUAACAAGUGGACUGAUUGGAAAACUGCUUGAUUAAUAAACCUCUAGAUCUAUUUCUGCAAGAGUAAAUGCCAGCAGGUUGAUUUGGGUUAUCCUGUAGCUUGAAAAUUUUCUCAAUCCCACUUUGGGUCUUCUAUCAUACCUGUCUGUGUGUCUUUUACCACGCACAGGAAAGAAGAAGAAAAUCCGGGAUAGCCAGUGUUCUCUGUGGUCCAAAGACACAGUUGUAGCAAAUGUCCUGCCUUAUUGGAUUGUGUGCCUUUUGUGGUCUGCUUUUUGUGGGGCUGUAACAAAUAAAAUAUCUAACAGA